GGAAAGCGGGUCAGAUGCUAAAGUCCACAGAUGGAGGGACUUCCUGCUUUGCACACAGCUCCAAAGUAGGAAGCCACAAGCUGUCAGGAAAGGAGGAACUUGGAGGAUGCUUAAAUAGCAGGCAGGCUUUCUCUAGUCAGCUGGCAGCUGGUCCAGCUUCCAGUCACCAUGAAGGCUCUCCUAGUUCUGGGGCUCCUCCUGCUCUCUGCCUCUGUCCAGGCCAAGAUCUAUGAACGCUGUGAGUUCGCCAGAACUCUGAAAAGAAAUGGGAUGUCUGGCUACUAUGGAGUCAGCCUGGCAGACUGGGUGUGUUUAGCUCAGCAUGAGAGCAAUUAUAACACACAAGCCAGAAACUACAACCCUGGAGACCAAAGCACUGACUAUGGGAUAUUUCAGAUCAAUAGCCGAUACUGGUGUAAUGACGGCAAAACCCCAAGAGCAAAGAACGCCUGUGGGAUACCCUGCAGCGCUCUGCUGCAGGAUGACAUCACUCAAGCCAUACAAUGUGCGAAGAGGGUUGUGAGGGAUCCCCAAGGCAUUCGAGCAUGGGUGGCAUGGCGAAGACACUGUCAAAACCGAGAUCUAUCCGGGUAUAUUCGGAAUUGCGGAGUCUGACCGCCGUGCACUUCUACUCAGCUCACUCUGUCUCUUUCUCACUGUAGGAGUAGCUGUGGGGAAGGUCACACUUCCUUGCUUUCCCCUCAAACUAACAGGCUUUCACUUCUCAGUCUCCCAAUGCACUGCACGCUGCUCACAGCAUCCCGCACCGUCUCACCACACACAUCUCUGCACAUCAGGAAGUAAUGCACAGUAGGCUCCAUCGGGAUCCAUCUUCAUCAGCCCUGCGCUGGAUACAAACAGCACAUAUUUACAGCAGACGAGUUGAUCUUGGGGAAUGGCAGUUGUGUGAGUGCCAGGGCUUUGUGCAGGCUCAGCACCAGUUAGAACAGCCUCUGUGGGGGACCGGGAGGGCUUUUGAGGGCCCAGGACUCUCAGUGGAUGAGAACUGAGACUGCCUGAACUCAGAAACUUAUGAAAUGUGUGAGCUUUCAAAACAGUUUCUUCUUAGAGCUGGCCCGUUUAUCCUGCCUUCAAAAUAAAUUCUCAGCCCGUGUGCCCGUCUGUUUUAACCCUUGAGAGGAUGUUCCCAGUCUUGUGAGGUGCUCAGGGGGACCAGUGAGCUGUGCUUGUCCAUGUCUUUCUUAAGUAGCUUCAUGCACACUAACCAACUCUGAGACAGAUGAGCCUGGACCACCAGACGAUAAUCACUAGAGCAGAUCUAAUCUCAUAGAGAAAAAGUAUAAUUCUCAUUAAAUGAUUUUCAACGCA